GUAGAUUUGUUGAGUUAAAUAUACAAGCGCGAGCACGCGCGUGUAGUUGCCCCUGAGACGUCGUCGAGGAUGGAUGUCGAAGCUUUGAUAUGCUCCAUCCAAGCCGUGCCGGCUAUCUGGGACGCCUCGCACCCCAAGCACAGUGAUCGUCAGUACAUCAAUGACAGCUGGUCGCAGAUAUGUGAUGCAUUGGGUAUUCCAGAAUCUGUCGCCCGAAAGAAGUAUAAUAGCCUCAGAGACCACUCCCGGACAGAACUGAAAAAAGUUCCCCAUGUAAAGUCAGGAGACCCUGGAUUACUUCCAGAGGAGUACACCAGUAUAUGGCCUUUCUUCAAAAUGAUGUUUUUCCUCAAAGAUCAGAUGCUUGGACGAAAAAUAAGUGGUAAUUUGA